AGGAAGUAUCCCUUCCACAUAACAUGUAUCAUACAUAGUCUUCAGUCUAUUUGCCCCCAAAAAAAGUUCGGGAUCUUUGGGCUUGUUCCGUCAUUCGGAAGAUUUGUUAAUCCGACAUGGGAGAGUUUUUUGGGUUCUUCAUCUCUCUUUUACUCGGGACCCUCGCGAGAUACAGUGCAUAUGUGCUGACAUAUGUUGUCUUUUCAAUUCAGAUUAAUUCGUUCAGUUCAAAGCCCACUCUUUUCGACAGCCACGGUUUAAAGUGGAAGGGGGACAUCAACACCUAAAUGAGGGAAGCUCCCGUGGCCCACAUUCUGCGAGAUGGAGAUUAGUAUGGAGUACUGGGUUCAGAUUACGAAGGGGCGAUAGACUUUGUCUUCCAGAAGAAGCCCUCAUUGACUGACGGGAAUCCGGGAAAUAGAGUUGAG